AUGGAAAUUGAAACGGCACAUCCAAAUGGCGCCCCGCGGCCCCUGCCUGGCAUUCUGCAACUCACGUCCGAAACUAGGCACCGCAUAUAUCUGUACCUCGGCGUAGCCCAGAGGCGCAUAUAUGGCAAGGCAGCGCCCAUCAUCUACGACCUUGGAGACCCUUCCCGCUUCAAGAUCGUCAACUCAGAGUCCCAGUUCGAUGAUGGCCCUGCUUCGUUCCACAGCUUGCUGCUCUCUUGCCGAACCAUCUCCUCGGAGGUAUCGGCAUUUCUCUACUCCGCCAACUGGUUCGUCAUCCACUACCAAGCCCGGAAGUCCCUCGUCGCUCUCCGAGCCCUUACGCCGAACGCGCUAGCAUCCCUGGCCAACCUUAAGAUUGUCCUGAACCAAGGGUCCUGCCAUAGACGAGAGCCCGGGACAAUGGGCUUCGAGGAGUGCUGUGGUAGGAUCUGGGCGUAUAAGCAACCGCUGAACGGAAGCCCGAGAUUGCUUUAUGGUUGUGGUGCAGAUCAUGGAGACGCCCACGACUAUCCGUUGACGGCAGCAAGUCCACCCACAGAAGACGUCAUCGAAGACUGGCUGAAGACGGCGGCCUAUUUGGCAUCAUAUAUUACCCCCGGACAGCUCGAGCUAUCACUGGUUUGCGAUGUCGGACGUGGGGACGUCGAGAUAGCCAGGCGCAUACUCGACGGUUUCCGAUUACUCCCAAGGCUUAAAGACUGCCACAUCCGACUAUGCGAGACACGUCACCCCCAGCUUCAGCAGCUCGCCCAAGAGGCUGCUCGCCACGCCCGUGGCAUCGACUCAUCAAAACUAGUAGGGCGGUCACCAUCAUCGUCAUCAUCAUCAUCUCUCGGUCCGAGUCUCCUAAGCCUCCCGCCCGAAAUCCGGCUUCGCAUUCUCCAAUACACCGACCUCAUCACCCCCAGCAAGGAAGUCAUGUGGAAGAAGUCGUCGUCAGUCGUCAGUUACUAUAUCCAGCGACCACCAUGCUACGAAGAAUGGGGCCCUAGCUACUGCCCACCACACUGUAACCAAGGAUGCCGGUUCAGCCACUGCUGGCGCACCAUUUUCCCACAACCUUCCAUCGGCUGUUUUUGCAGCGCUCGCCAUACAGCGGCUUCGUCGCGAUGCAAAUGCUGGGCCCCGCCCACACCUUUGUUCCUCGUUUGUCGAACACUCUACGCGGAGGCGAACAUGGUCUUUUACCGCGGGAACCGCUUCAUUGUCAUCGACGCCCCAGGAACCGGCUCGUUUCAGGGCCGACCCCCAGGUGAUUACCCGCACAAAUCGUUCGCAGCCAGCCAUUUCUUGAAAAAGGUCAUUCCACCGCAUUGCUUGACGCAUCUCCGCUUUCUAGAAGUCGUCUUCUCCGUUCUCACCCACGAGAACCGGCCGCGCGACGACCACCCCGCAUUUCAAGACUGGGAUGAUACAUGGGACUGGGUCAAGGGCAAGCUCAAUCUUCCGACCCUAACGCUCCGUCUUGCUGUAGCGGCUCACCCUGAUCGCGGACGGGGGCCUCCGGAGAGCUGGGAAAUGACACGGGAGCAAGGGAAAAUGGUCUUGGCAACAUACAACCGGAUUAUUCUUCCACUGCAACGGUUGGGUGGUACAAGUGAUGGCGGCGGUGGCCUGGCGCGUUUUUAUGCGAGCCUACCGUGGCCUUUGAAGUGGUCGAGGGAGGCUACGAGGAGGUUGGCAGCUAUGGAUCGUGAUGCUAGAUCGGAGUGGCUGGACUCUAAGGAUCGGGAAAUCAAGAUUAGAGCUGAGAGGUAUGUAAUGGGGGACCGGUAUAACCAUGUCUCUACUACUGGUGCUGAACCGCAAAGGAGUGUUUGGGCAUGGGGAACUUUGGAUCUAUACUUCUAA